AUGCCCAGUGAUCCGGAAACAAUAAUACCCUCAGUCGGAGAAUGCGGUACUCGGAAGCUCUUGAAGUUGACCUUUCAGUUGGAUUACAACAGGGGCGCAGUGGCCCCGUCGUUACCCGUCGUUCUGAUAUUUGCGCAGCUGAAAUACAACACCAACACCAUCAACGAAAUACAUAUAAAACGUAUGUCUAUCCUAGGCCGCGACUUCGCUUUUAAUCCCCGUCUUGUUUGUUCCUUUGAUGUCAACAAGCCUGGUGCAGAGGGCGGACGCAUCAAGGUUGGUGAUUCAAUAUAUUCUGCCAUCACUGCUGGAGAGUAUACGACGCAACGAUUGAAAGCUACGUAUCACGAGAAAAAUGUAAUUGCUACUUGCUACUAG